AGGCGUUUUCAGCACUGGACAGCGCUCGCGAGUGUUGUCGAGUUUAUCAUUGCGCAUCCCCCACCAUGCUCACUCAUCAGCGAGGAAAGCGGCUGUGCGGAUUAAAUUAUCUAUUUGGUUCUCUGAUUAGUGGAUAAACCACCUGACAUUGCGUUCUCUAUCAGGCCCGUAGGUCAUCGGGCUCGAUGGCAAUUUUAUAUAGUUACCCCUGAUGUUUCUCUUUUCCCCUUUUGUAGCCAUUGGAAUAGGGGAGAACAGACCCUAAUGUAGGACCGUGUCUUCUGGACCUGUCUGGCCAUAUAGUUUCGGACAUUAUUCAUUCUCAAGUGACUGAACGUCUUGAGUGAGGAUGAUUAAAGGGGGCUCUCGGUCGACCACCUCGCUUCCACCGGAGCCGGUGGAAAUAAUCCGGAGCAAGGCGCACUACCGUCGGGUUAGACUCAAUGUUGGGGGUCUCCUCCACGAAGUUCUAUGGAGAACGCUGGACAGGUUGCCGCGAACAAGGCUGGGCAAACUACGAGACUGUAACACCCACGAGUCUCUCAUGGAGAUAUGCGACGACUACAGUUUGGAUGAUAAUGAGUACUUUUUUGACAGACACCCCGGGGCUUUCACGUCCAUUCUGAAUUUCUACCGCACGGGAAAACUGCACAUGAUGGAGGAGAUGUGUGCCCUGUCGUUUAGUCAGGAGCUGGACUUCUGGGGUAUAGAUGAGAUCUACCUGGAGUCCUGCUGUCAGGCCAGGUACCACCAGAAGAAGGAACAAAUGAACGAGGAGCUCAAAAGAGAGGCCGAAACUAUGAGGGGCAGGGAAGGCGAGGAUUUUGAUACCACAUGUUGUUCUGAGAAACAAAAGAAACUGUGGGAUCUCCUGGAGAAGCCGAGUUCAUCGUUAGCUGCUAAGGUCCUGGCCAUCAUCUCCAUCCUCUUUAUCGUGCUGUCAACCAUUGCCUUGUCUCUGAACACCCUCCCGGAGCUGCAGGACAUAGACGAGUUUGGCCAGGUAACAGACAACCCUCAGCUAGCUCAUGUGGAAGCGGUGUGCAUCGCCUGGUUCACCAUGGAGUACCUGCUCCGCUUCAUCUCCUCGCCCAGCAAGUGGAAGUUCUUCAAGGGUCCACUAAACAUAAUAGACCUGCUGGCCAUCCUACCCUACUACGUCACCAUCUUCCUGACUGAAUCCAAUAAGAGCGUUUUACAGUUCCAGAACGUCCGGAGGGUGGUGCAGAUCUUCAGGAUCAUGCGUAUCCUCCGUAUUCUGAAGCUGGCCAGGCAUUCCACAGGGCUUCAGUCUCUGGGCUUCACCCUGAGGAGGAGCUACAAUGAGCUGGGCCUGCUCAUCCUAUUCCUAGCCAUGGGCAUUAUGAUCUUCUCCAGCCUUGUCUUCUUCGCCGAGAAGGACGAGGAGGACACCAAGUUCAAAAGCAUCCCGGCCUCCUUCUGGUGGGCUACCAUUACUAUGACUACGGUGGGGUAUGGGGACAUCUACCCAAAGACUUUACUGGGUAAGAUAAUUGGGGGUCUAUGCUGCAUAGCUGGAGUGUUGGUGAUAGCCUUGCCCAUCCCCAUUAUCGUCAACAACUUCUCAGAGUUCUACAAGGAGCAGAAGAGGCAGGAGAAGGCCAUCAAACGGCGGGAGGCCCUGGAGAGGGCCAAGAGGAACGGCAGCAUCAUCUCUAUGAACAUGAAGGAGGCGUUUGCACGCAGUGUCGAGCUCAUAGACGUAGUGGUAGAAAAUAAUGGAGAGAACAUGGGGAAGGUGCAGGACAACCACCUGUCUCUUAGCCACAGGAAAGAGACUCCCAAGAGGACCACCUCAGAGAUGGGCUUCACUCAGUCAUUAGAGCCCAGCUUACCAGACAAAGCCCAUCCCGCCAGCCCUCAGCAACUCAACGCUCAGAAACUGGAGGAGAUGUACAACAAGAUGGCUAAGACCCAGUCUCAGCCUAACCUGAACAGUAAGGACAAGGGGCAUUUGUCUAAAGCGCCCAAGAAGAGAGACGAGAUAGAGAUGGGUAUCAUCCCCACAGAGCCUGCCCCAACCACAGACAUGAGGAGCAUGUCCAGUAUUGACAGCUUCAUGAGUUGUGCUGCUGACUUCAAUGAAAGUGCUCGCUUCUCCCACAGCCCCAGCACCAUUGUUCCAGGGAGGGUUAGCACCAACCCCGUGCUCGAGACCACCCUGGAGCACGAGGCCAUGGUGUCCCCCCACAGCGCCACCAAGGUCCCUGGAGGACGAGGCUCCAAGCACGGCCUGUUCUCUGACAGCCCCCGGGGCCUACGCUUCAGCAACCCGCUAAAGAACCGCUCCCUCAAGGUCAACUUCAAAGGCGGGGACGCAGACCCUUCCUCCUCCUCCUUACCACAGGGGCCAGGGGGCGGGGCCCAAUCAGAUAGCUCUGCCCUCUCUGCCCACUCCCUCAUGAGUCCUGAGGUGUCUGUCUACACCACUGCCAGCAGCAAGACUCCACCCCCUGAGACCCUGAUCCCGACAGUCUUCACAUUCCAUGACGCGUCCAUCAGUAAGUUCAUUGAUGCUGACACGGACGAGGAGGAACACCUCCAUGAUAGCUCGGGUACAAACGCCUCCCAGAGGCUUCUGGGAAAAGCCAGCCCCAAGCUCAGCUCCUACAGCAGCCACCACCGCGUGGCCAACCACCUGGAAGGCUCCCAGAAAAUGCUGGGUAACAGUGUGUUCCCCUUGGAGGCCCAGUCAGGUGGGGGACAGGGGAAUCAUGUGCUCUCCCGGGGAGAGAGGAGUCGUUCAAACAUCCAUAAUGAGAGCAAGUGAGGUAGGGGAGGGAAUAGAUAGUACAGACAGGACCCAAACAGGAGGACAUUGUGCAUAACUCUGCAGAUCUGGUCACACACUGUAGAUUUAGGCAUUACUGAAUCAGCAUUGUGCUAAAAGAAAUGUUGUUAAUUUCCUUGUGUUUUCUUCCUCAAAACUGGCCUUAGUUAUAUGUGACUAUGUGUAUGCAUAGCGUGCACAUGUGUUUGUAUGUCUGUAGGUGUAUGUGUAUGCAGGAUGAUAGGCAGAUAAACAUACACACACAGUUAUGCAGUAUUUUAUGUAUAUUGUUUUCCUUUUUUUUAAAAUAGUAUAUUUUCUUUGGUCUGUUAUUUUAUGACUCUAUCUGAGAGGUGAACUUUCAUCCUUGAUAAUCAACAGUUUGGUUCAGCCAUUAGAAAGGUAACGGCCACUUUGAUUUCCUGUCUGUUUCCUCAUUCCCAUCACGCCUCUGCCUCCCACCUCCCGCCUCCCGGGUAGCACUAACCGCAUUAACCGAAUGUUUUCAAUUCUGUACAGGGUAUUCUUUGUUGUUUUGUUUGUUUACUUAUUUUUUUGUUUUUUAUUGUGUGUGUUUUAUCCAGACAGGUUAGGGUUAGGUUUAACCCACUCUCCUUUAUAUUUUAAUACUCUCUCAGAUGUGUGGUUGUGGUUGAUUGUCAUACUUCAUAUCCAAUCACCAUUGAUACUGGGGAGGGGAUAAUAGCCUCCAUUUAGGCUGGAUUGAAAGUACUGAAAACACUCAGAUUUUCCAUUUUAAAGUUCCACAUUUGUACAAUUGAUAAUACUGUAAUAGCAUAUAACUCAACAAGAACAUGAAAAAAGAACACACUCAUUGGGCAAAAAGUUAUAUUUUUAAAAUAUAUUUUUAGAAUGGUAUAUUAGAAGAAUGAAUUAUGCCAAACUCAUAGAUUUGCAUUUCAAUACAUUGUUUUAUUUUAGAGAGAAUAUUACAAGAUAAUGAAUUUGUAUUUUUUGCUAGUAGUUAGGGUAAAUGUUUGUCCUUCUAUCCUUCGUACAAUGUGAAUAACUUUGUAUAACACUCUGUUAAAUCCAGGGCAUCUUUAAUCAUAUCAUGGCCCCACAAAAUUGUAUUAAUUAAUUAUAACAACAAUAGUUUCAAAACAGCAGAAUGUCCGAAAUAUUUCAUGAAGCCAGGACAAACUCAAAUACAGAGGAGAUGAAGGGAGAAGGGAGGAGUGGAAAUACGGAAGGGGGAGAUGGUAAGAUGGCACACAGGAAGUGAGGACAGGAAGAAAGAAUAGGGAAGAGCAUUUUAUUUUACAGAGGGAAUCAUGAUCUCAUUGGAUGACUUCCACACUAUGGAUGGUAGAGCUGGGGACCAGCUGCCAGAAUUCACAACAAGCAUCAUAUGGCUACAUACACAGACACUGACAAACACAGAGCCACUCACAUGCUCAUACACAUGCAGUCAACACAUGCUCAUACACAUGUAGUCAACACAUGCUCAUACACAUGCAGUCAACACAUGCUCAUACACAUGCAGUCAACACAUGCUCAUACACAUGCAGUCAACACAUGCUCAUACACAUGCAGUCAACACAUGCUCAUACACAUGCAGUCAACACAUGCUCAUACACAUGCAGUCAACACAUGCUCAUACACAUGCAGUCAACACAUGCUCACAGGCAUGUUUUAUGUGGGUUCAAUCUAAACUUAACCUAUCCCAGUACAUCUCAUAGGUAGUAUCUGAUACAGACCACAUUUCCAGCUCAAUAUAUUCACUACCCUCGUACACUUUACAAUGUUAAAGAUACAAUUUUAAUUUAGCCUUUAAAACACCCGGCUAAACACUCAAUAUAGAGUGAGAAAAAAGUGUAUUGUUGACUUACAUUGUCCUAUUUUUCUAUUGUCAGACUUCAUUCAAAGAGAUAGGUAUUUCUGUGCCUCUGCCAGUAACAAACUUGCUUCCCUCCCCCAUCUCCACUCUGAAAAGUCUGUCACUAUAGCCUCAGUUUAAUAGAGCUCAAAUGACAAUUCAAUAAAGUGUAAAGCAAAUAAACACAGAGAACUGGGUCACCAUGCUGUCAGGGUGUGGUAUUAAAACACACAAACACCCAGACACGCAAAACACACAACACACACACACACUGGUAGCACACAGGGACACACACAGCAAUAGUGUGCUGCCCCAUAGACUUAAAUAAAUAAAUACACACAUAAUUUUGAAUAACCAAAGCCAAACACAAUCACACAUGAGGGCAUGGCCUACUAAAGAAAUAUACUAUCAAAAAUUUAAAGAGAUCCCUAGGGGGAGGGGGGGGGGUGGUAGGCUGGUGUGACCAACCAUUUAGUUAGUUACAGUCAGAUGAUGAGAGAACAGUUGGGCAGAGAGCUGUCUGUUCCUCCUGAUGUCUGUAGCUAUUCCUGUGGACCUCAGGCCCUAGUCCAGCCCCACUUUAUAUCCAUAGCCAGUCCACUAUUAGAUGAUUUUAUCCCUAACAAUGGAAUAUUGGGCCAUUUAGUCUGUAUUGGAAUUAAUUGAAUAAGCAUUACAGAGCAUUGUAAGACACUUGACCUCUGAACACACACCCGGUAGAAAGACCAUUACCCCCUGACUUACCAGAGCAGCAUUACUUCCUUUAAGACACAUAUUAAAUAUAGAUCACUUUAUCAUCUAUGUUUAUGCUUUCCUUUUCAAAGGGAAGAUGGCUAUUAAAUCAAUAGGACUACUGUACCGAGUCAAGGAAUAAUGCCUGUCUGUUUGGUGACUCAAACACUGAGGGAUAUUUUGAGUGUGUUCCAUUCUCCUGUUUAACACAAAACACAAGAGUGUUUGUGAUCAUUUUUGUGUAUUUCCUACUGAAAGGGUUGCACUCCUGAGCAUGUUUGUGUAUAAUGACAAUGUGCAAAUGAUGGUUGUUUUGAGGCAGGUUUUUGGAUUUGAAUCCAUUUCUCUGGUUCCAUAAAUACCAGUCUGGGCAGGGCAGUGGAAAGAUCAGGCCACCAACAAAGUGGCUUAGGUACACCUGUGCCUUUGGCAGUUCAAGUCACAGAGUUCUUUGAAAGUAAACAUUUUAAAGAGUAAAGUGUCAGGGAAAGGUGAAUUGGCAUUUACAAGAAAACAACAGGCCAGAUAAAGUUGUGAGAGGGUUCCGUUGUGGGAACAGCACAUCCAUGGAUAAGUUGCAUUUUAGAGACAAGAGGGUAGGCCUACAUUGUUCUCUUAUUGCAAGGUGUAUUAUUAUUCUCAUGAAAUGAUAUUAUUAUAUACCUGCUUCAUCCGUCUCAGAAUACUUUGUCAACUGUCCCGUUCUCUAUAGCUGAAAGUCCUCGGUGGCAUCUAACCUUGAAGUCGGGUUCAGUUCUCAAGCCCCCACAAUUCACGUUCAAAACAUUUGGUAAUUGCUACAGUGAGUGGGCCCCUAAGUAACUACUGAUUACGUGCAUAACAUCAAGGCCCAACACCCCCUGUAUUAAAUCCAAUACAAACUGAAUUCAGACAAAUUAUUCAUUCAAAAAUGUAUUUGGAUCUUUCCUGUAUUAGUAGUCUUCUAGGUCUAGGAUAUUGAUGUAUAACAAUCAAUACAUUGUAACAAAGUUGGAGAUGGGGAAAUGGGAGGAUAUAUGCAUAGAUCAUACGAAAGUCAGGGUCUCCUUCCACAUAAAAUACUACAGCAGAGCUCAUUCACACAUGGUAAAGUCAAAUUUAACAAUCAAUCAAAUGUAUUUGUAAGCCCUUCAUUUAUUUUUUUAAAAAAAUGUCACAAAGUGCUAUACAGAAA